ACGCCAUUGUUAACCAGAGAAAAGCUUCUGAAAUUAAGGAAAUUAACCAUUAACCUGCUUCAAUGGAGGUUCAGAUCCUUUGCAAGAAGAUGAUAAGGCCAUCUUCUCCAACUCCAUGCCACCUCCAGACCAUGAAGCUUUCGUUAAUCGAUCAGAUCAUUCCGCCGACCCACAUCAACAUGAUCUUCUACUACUCCUCCAAUGGCGAAAAGGCCACUGAGAGAUUCUCCCAAUUGGAGCAAUCUCUCGCCGAGGCAUUGACGAAGUACUACCCUCUUGCCGGAAGGCUCGUCGUCAACGACCUCUCCGUCGAUUGCAACGACCAGGGCGUUCAGUUCGUGGAAGCAGAGGUCACCGGAAACCUCGCGGAGUUUCUGCGCAGCGAAAGGGAGAUCGAGGUUGUGGACAAGUUCGUUCCGUGGGAUCACAUCGGCGCCUGUGGUCCAGCCGCCGGUGCUCCGCUGGCGGCGGUUCAGAUCAGCACGUUCGAUUGCGGCGGCUGGGUCUUGGGGAUCAGCGUUUCGCACAAAGUCGCCGACUUGUAUUCGAUAAUCGGGUUCGUUAAUGGCUGGGCCGCCGCUAGCCGCAGCGGCAUCCAGACCGUUGCCGCCCCGGUUUUCGAGCUGGGAUCGCUGUUCCCGACGAGCAAUCUCUUGCCGCUGAAUCCCCCGCCUAGCAUGAAAAAAGGAACUAAGAUCGUGACAAGGAGGUUCUUCUUCGGCGAGCUGGCUAUUCAGGCUCUGGUGAGGGAAGCCGGCGGCGCCGCCCCCACAAGGGUGGCGGCGGCUACGGCGUUGAUCUGGAAGGCGCUCAUUGGGGUGGCUCAGGCCAAGCAUGGCCACCUGCGAACUUCCCUGCUCGUUCAUCCCAUGAAUUUGAGGGGGAAUACCGGGUUGUCGAUACCAGAAAACUCCUUUGGAAACAUGCCGAUGCUGUUCAUUACUCGGUUUCUGCCAGAGGAGAGGAAGAAGGAGUUGUCGGAGCUCGUCAGCCUGGUCGGAGAGUCCAGAAGAGACUGGGAUCCGGCCAAAAUCACCAACCUCGACGACCUAUGCGCCAUGGUGAGCAGCUCGUUCGGAGAAGCAAGGAGGGAGAAGAUACAAAAUGAGAGAGUGGACGUGCACCUGUGCGCGAGCUGGAGCGGGCUGCCGCUGUACGAGGCGGACUUCGGGUGGGGGAAGCCGGUGUGGGUGAGCAGCACCAGCACGCCGUACGAGGUGGUCAGCCUCAUCGACAACCGCUCCGGCGACGCCAUCGAAGCCUGGGUCAGUUUGAACCAGAACGACAUGCUCCAUUUCGAACGCGAUUCUGACAUCUUAGCCUUCACCUCGCAGUAAUCUCCGGUCCGAAUUCAUCGGACCAGUGCCGGCGCAUGAGAAAAUGUAAUUGCCGGCGCAUGAGAAAAUGUAAUUUCCCCGUUCCAUAUAUAUAUAUUAUAUAUAUGGAUUACGUCAGCAUUGUCGGUAAAAUGACGUUUUCGGGAAUAAAUAAAUUACUUUUAUUAA